AUGGAAAUAAAAGAUGUAGACGGAGAUUCUUUAAAGUGCAAGCUGUUUAAAUCAGAUAAUGGCAAUGUAACUGUUUAUUUCAAAAAUUCAGGGACAGGGAUCAGUAGUUUGCCAACUGCGAGGGAUUACUCAGAAAUCUGUCAAUUGAAGUAUGCAAUGGAUCAUGAAACUUGUAUUAUCUCACUUUCUGAAUAUGAUAGCUCAUUAUGACUGAUUUCUGUGCUCCUACAUGUAAAAGAUUCAAGUGCUAUGAUUUCAAUUGCAUGCUCUGCUCAAGGUAAUGAGCCACCAGUUUCUGUUUUAUUUUGGGUUUUGCUCAGCUUGUCAAUCUUGCUUAUUUUGAUAGGGAUAGCGCUACUUAUUAUAAGAAAAAUAAAAUUAAGAAAAAACCAAAUAAUGCCUUCUUUCAAGCUAUAUGCAUUAAAGUGGUGUAUAAGCAAACCAGCCCUCUUAACUCCUGAAGCUGCCAUUCCAUUAGCUGCAUUUUUCAUUAUGGGCGACCUUUGCUGGCGUAGCGCACGCGAUUAACUAAAUUACCAGUGAGAGAGUUUAAGCACUCAUCAGGAAGGAGCAGCCCUUGUGAAGCCGUCCACGAACUGGUGAGCAGGCGAAGAGAGCGUUACGGUGAGAUAGGCGUUAGAAUUGCAGCGGAUUCUCAAUGAUUAUUAAUAACUAGUUAGCCUUCUUUGGAGCCAAGACCAAGGCAGCCAGAUCCUAACGAAAGACAAAAACUGCAAGAAAAUUACCCUUGCGUUUCUUUUGAAGACCUUAAAUUAGUCAAUGAAGAAAAAUGUAGCAUCUGCCAAGAGUCCUUUAUCAGCUCCUCAAAAGUCAGGAAACUAGGAUGUCUGCAUGUUUUUCAUCAAUGCUGUAUUGAUGUUUGGUUUGACACAAGUCCACUAUGCCCAUUGUGCAAGAAAGACUACAAAGCAUACUUAGACCAAUAUGAAAGAACUCAUACUGAUAUGGCAGGAAUCUCAAUAAUGAAUUUAGACGUGAGCGAACGAUCUUGGCUAACUCAAUAA